AAAAGAGAAGUCUUCGCAUUUUCUCAAUAGAUUCGACCUGGAAAAUCAGAGACCUCUUUCUCUAUAAAUCGGCGCUGACAAAAGCAAACCCAGAGAAUUCAGACUUUCCAUCAUCCGCUAAAAUGCGCGUGUCUCCGCGUCGACUAUAAUGCGCAUGUCUCCGUCUUCGCUUUUCUUCGUCGUAACCUCUCUCUGAUUUUAUAGAAUUUCCUUUUCAGUUAUUAAAACCACAAAAAUUUGUCUGUAUGUGCAAAACGAAAAUGGGCGUCAAUGCUUCAGAGCCAACCCGAACGCGAUCGCGGCCGAGUCAAUCUCAGGGGAGACACCACCGGGCUCCGCCGACACGGUCUCCGUCAACGAGCAUCACCGGUACGACAACCACAACGACCUCGAAUUCCAACAAAACUGGUGUUUCCUCCUCCACCGGUGCUUCUUCUUCAGCCGCAAGCCGAACAUCUCUCGCUAGUCUCCGAGAAUCCUUACCGGAGAAUCCUCACAUAUACGACGUCGCCGAAAUCCGUGCCGCCACCAACAAUUUCCUUGCUCACCGUCUAUCUUCCUCCUCCUCUAAAGCCUCGUGGCGCUGCAAUUUGCGAGGGAGAGAGGUUGUUGUGUUCCAGAGGAAGUUCAGGCGGAGAAUCGCCAAGGAUGAGCUUAGGGAUCGCCUUUCCGAUAUCUGCCGGAGCCACCACGGAAGCAUCAUCAAUCUACUCGGCGCCUCUGUCUCCGGCGGAGGAGGAGGAGGAGGCGAUCACAUCUAUCUAGUCUACGAGUAUGUCAACGGAGCAUCCCUCGCCGAUUGCUUGAGAAACCCUAAGAACCCUAAUUUCACCGUUUUAUCGAAUUGGACCUCUCGGAUCCAAAUCGCGACGGAUCUCGCUCACGGGCUCGAUUACAUCCACAAUAAGACUGGAUUGAAGAUCGAAAACCUCGUCCACAAUCACAUCAAGAGCUCGGCAGUGAUCGUGACGGAGCCGAAUUUCAACGCCAAGAUCUGCCACUUCGGCACCGCGCAACUCUGCGGGGAAACAGACGAAACGUCACCGGAGAGAGACGGAUCGAGAAGUUCCAGGCGAUCAGAUAGCAGAGCUCUCAGAUUCGAAGGAGUGAGAGGCUACAUGUCGCCGGAGUUUCAGUCUUCGGGAAUCGCCACUCAGAAAUCAGACGUGUUCGCCUUCGGAGUGAUGAUGCUGGAGCUUCUUUCCGGCGAGGAGCCGUUGAAAUACAGGUACGAUAAACACACCGGAGAUUUCGAGCGGACGUCGGUGAUAGAAACCGCGAAAGCUUCAAUCGACGCCGAAGAUAGCGACGUAGAGGGGCGGUUGAGGAGGUGGAUGGAUCGGAGAUUGGGGGAUUCAUUUCCUGUGACGGUGGUGGAGAAAUUAACGCGGUUAGCGUUGGAAUGCGUGCAGGAUGAUCCGGUGAAUCGGCCGGAGAUGGGAAGAGUCGCCGGGAAAAUAUCUCAACUUUAUUUGGAAUCGGAAAAAUGGUCAACGAAUAUGAAACGGCCAACAGAUAUCACCGUCUCCUACGCUCCCAGAUGAUGGAAUCAAAUAUUCAAUUUUCUUUUUCUUUCGUCCUUUCAUAAUUUGUAUAUUCGUAUUCGUGGGUAGGCUUUUUUUUUUCUAGAUUAAUUGUUGAUGAUUUGGUUGUAAUUACGUUAUGAAGUUUGUUAAAGAGUAAUA